AUGAAGCUGGAGAAGCGGAUUACGAGCAACCCCUUAUUGAGCGGCUUGACGUUGCCGCUCGAACCUGCUGUCAAUAAAACGAUUAAGGACUAUAUCACGGGCACCGCAAACAAGCAAACAAAACGCCACGCCACCUCGACCCCUUUACUUUGCUCCAUUGUCACGAUAUAUAGGCGGAUUAACGGGCGGUGUAAAAAGGAAUUAGGUCGGCGCUCGGCGGGCGGCCCGAGGGACGAUUUGGACAGGCCGUGGCGGAGAUUAGGGUGGGCAGGGGCGCGGCUGGCGCACCGUGAAAUGCCGCGCCAUUUCUCCGCGGCG